AGAUGGCCUCCAGAGGAGGGGCAGGGCCAGCGAGACACUGCGCAAAUCCCGGGAUGAAGAUGGUCAGUGUCCUGCUGGUUACACUCUGGCUGUCCUUGGUCACCCUUGGCAGAGGCUCCGAACGCUGCGAUGACUGGGGUGUGGAUACCAUGAAGCAGAUCCAGAUUUAUGAUGGGGAACCUGCCAAGAUCAAAUGCCCACUUUUUGAGACCUUCUUGAAGUACAACUAUAGCACAGCCCAUUCUGCUGGCUUAACCCUGAUCUGGUACAGGAUCGCGCAGGACCGGGAUCUGGAGGAACCCAUUAAUUAUCGUCUCCCGGACAAUCACAUCAGUAAGGAUAAAGACACCCUUUGGUUCUGGCCUGCUCUCCUCAAUGACACUGGGAAUUAUACCUGCAUGCUCAGAAAUACAACCUACUGCAGCAAAGUUGCGUUUCCCUUGGAGGUUGUUCCGAAAGACCAGGACUCUUGUGUGAGCCGUUCGAUAAAACCCACUGAGGAGAUGUUCUACUUGGAGCAUGCCAAUCAGAAGAUCAUAUGUCCAGAUAUUGAUGGGUUUUACCCUGCCAGUGUAACACCAACUGUCAAGUGGUACUUGAACUGCAACUCAGUGGAUGGCUUCUCUGAGCGAUAUCCCCAAGGGCCCAGGCUUGUCAUCGUCCUUGUCCGCAGUGCAUAUAAAGGGAAUUACACUUGUAUUGUGACAUUCAAGGACCAUGGAAGAACAUAUAAUCUCACCAGAACCAUAACGAUGAAGGUGGUGGGAUCUCCAAACAAGGCCUUGCCACCGCAGUUCAUCUCUCCAAAUGAGAAAGUUGUGUACGAACUGGAAGCAGGAGAUGACCUUAUCCUGCCCUGUGAGGUUUUCUUCACCUUCCUGAAGGACUCCCGGACUGAGGUGUGGUGGACCAUAGAUGGAAAAAACACAGAUGAUAUCACAGACCCCAAGAUAAAAAUCACACAAAGUGAAAUUACUAGAGAUUUUGAAGACAAAACUGUCAUAAGGACUCUAACAGUUGCAAAGGCCACACCAGAGGAGUUAAAACGGAAUUAUACUUGCUAUGCCAGGAAUGCCAAAGGCGAGGACCAGAGCCAGGCCAUAGUGCACAUGAAAGUUGUAGCACCGAAGUACACCGUGGAGCUGGCCUGUGGACUGGGGGCAACCAUCCUUCUUGUCGUGGUGCUGAUUGUCAUCUAUCACGUGUAUUGGCUUGAAAUGGUCCUCUUCUAUCGGGCUCAUUUUGGAACAGAUGAAACCAUUCUAGACGGGAAGGAGUAUGACGUGUACGUGUCCUACGCGCGCAAUGCGGAGGAGGAGGAAUUUGUGCUGCUGACACUGCGGGGAGUCUUGGAGAAUGAGUUUGGGUACAAGCUGUGUAUCUUCGACAGAGACAGCCUCCCUGGGGGAAUUGUCACAGACGAAACCCUGAGCUUCAUCCAGAAAAGCCGACGUCUGCUUGUUGUCCUGAGUCCCAACUACGUCUUGCAGGGGACACAGGCCCUGCUGGAGCUCAAAGCUGGUCUAGAGAAUAUGGCCUCCAAGGGCAACAUCAAAGUCAUUCUAGUGCAGUACAAAGCCAUCAAGAAGAGCAAAGUGAAGGAGCUGAAGCGGGCGCAGGCAGCCUUGACUGUCAUUAAAUGGAAAGGCGAGAAAUCCAAGUACCCAAAGGGCAGGUUCUGGAAGCAGCUGCAGGUGGAAAUUCCAGUGAAAAAAAUCAGAAGGAGUUUGAGCCUUGAUGGGUUGAUGCAUAUCCCUGAAAAAUGUUUGACGCAAUCAGAAAACAAACCAAAACAAACCCAUGAGUUAUACCAGGGAGUGGGAAGGAGCUCAGGGUUUUUUCCAUGAAGGACCGUGUCCCAACAUUUUUGGAAGAUGGUCAUGUUUUCUAUGCAGUUUUGUAUUGCUCUGGCAGUAGAGGGACCAAAGAUGUAAACAUGUCCUCUCUGCAAAUGUAUAUUCUUGUUAUCAACCACACAAGCCCUGGGCUUAAGGUCUAAAUUUGAGCUAUACAGGUGUGAUGCAUCCAGCACCUUGUGAUGGUGUGGUAUUUGUAUAGGCCAGUACUCUGAGAUCCAGUUCCUAUGGGACCUUCAUUAGCAUCCAGGACAGAGCUCCUUUCCUCUCCUAAGUGACUUCACUCCUUUAUGUUCCUUGGUCCCUGUUACAGGGGCCAAGGAACAGUUUGAAAGGUGGCUCCAGCUCUAUAGUCUGAAUCACUGUGGGAUCACAGACUUCUGCUUUAGUGGGGGGAGCAUAGACUCUUGAGGCUCCUCAUCAUUGUUCCCCACAUUUCUGUUGAAGGUGCAUACAGAUAGUUUGGCAAUGGGGAAUGGCUUUUACAAAACAUUAAACUCCCCCCCCCCAACACUCUGCUAGGUAAUAUUUGUAUUGUAGCACUUCUAGUAACGAGUGGUCAGUUUCUGGGACUCUGGUCUCAUGAGUACACCAGAUCAUUCAGAACUGUAAUGCUUGUAAUCCAGGGGAAAUCUCUCAUUAGUACAGGCCAUGGAGCAUAUCUGAGAGAUGUUUCUUGUAGAGUAAACUCAGGGACUUCACAAGCACUACAAGGAACUCCAGCAUACUACUGAACCUGCCUACUGCCUCUGCCAAUGGCUGGGGGACAGCAUUAUGCAAGGUACUGCCAAGGCCUCUGGGAUGACACUGGAUAUAUAUCCAACUCACCAGGAGGCCCUACAAACUUAUUUGAACUUACUAAAAGCUACUAAUUCUGUCCAGCUGGGUAAGACUAUGAGGACAGGCUUAGAGAGCUGGGAUUGUUCAGCCUGGAGAAGAGAAGGCUUCAGGGAGACCUUAUUGUGGCCUUUCAAUACUCAAAGGGGGCUUAUAAGAAAAAUAGGG